AUGAAGCAUCCAUUCCAACUUCUCCUAGCGAACAAGGAAGGUACUCUUUUGUUUGCGGCAGUGCAGAACCACAUCAUUGUUUAUAGCACAUCAACCGGAGAAGUUAAGGGCCAUUGGUUUGACGAUCAACAAUCGCCACAUAAAAACAAUCAAUUGGAAAGACGAACUGGAAAACACAUCUCAUCAAAGACCCAGAUCCACAACCAUAUCAAAUGUUUGGCUUUGACUGAGUCGCAUCUUGUUGCAUCUACCGAUUCCGACAAGUCGGUGCUCAUAUUCACCAUUGACCAUAACAGUGACAACAUUCUAACAUUGAGCAAGCGACAGCCAAUGCCCAAACGUCCAUAUGCCAUAACCACGUAUGACGGAGAAGCAAUUGUGGCCGACAAGUUUGGUGAUGCAUAUACUGUACCUAUUGACCUGAAUCCACCAGUAUUGGAAAAGGAUUUAGUACCCAUUUUGGGCCAUGUAAGUAUGUUGACCAAUGUGGUGAUGGGUGUACACAAUGACAAACCAUUUUUAAUCACUAGUGAUAGAGAUGAACAUAUAAGGAUAUCAAAUUAUCCCAAAUCGCAUGUGAUUAAACUGUUUUUACACAGCCAUGAGGAAUUCGUAUCACAGCUUUGUCUAAUUGAUGAUUUAUUGGUAUCUGGAGGUGGUGAUGAUUAUAUUUUCGUUUGGAAUUGGUACCAGGGCAACUUGUUGAGUAAAUUUGAUUUGAAAGAAGCAAUGACUCCAUUUUUGACUGAUGCACACUUCCCACCUGAAAAAUAUAGAUCAGAAAACUCUCCCAAGGAGAUUAGCGUCGCCAAGAUUGAAUGUAUGCAACGUGGUGAUGCAAAAUAUUUUGUGGUUUUAGUGGAGCAUACUUCGUGUUUGGUCGUAUUGGAGUAUAGCAAAAAUCAGCUCAAAUUGCACAACAUUAUACAAUUGGACAACCCAUGCGUUACAUUUACGGUUGGCGGUGAUUCCAUUUACGUCUCGCUCGAAGAAACAAUAUUACAAUGUCUUAGCUUCCCCGAUGGUAAAGUACAAACUCCAGUCAUUGAAAUCAAUCUGAUCCCAGUUGAUGUUGAUAAGGCCGAGUUUGCCGACUUGUACCCGGUUGCAACAUUACGAAAGAGAAGUGAAUACUAA